AUGCGCGAUGCGGUGUGCGCAGCAGCCCGCGCGGGCGACAUGGAGCGGCUCGAACAGCUUGUCCACGACGGCAACAGCAUCCACCACGUCCGCUGGUCGGGUGUUUCAGCCUUACACCGGGCGUGCGAAGGUGGGCAUCUCGAGUCGAUCAAGUUUCUAAUUGCACAAGGCGCCGAUGUCAACGCGCGAGCUGCCUGGGGCUGGUAUGCCCCGCUGCACAUGGCUGCACGCUACGGCCAUGAGGCUGCCAUCUUGCUGCUUCUGGAUGCCGGCGCGAAUUGGAGCCAGCCCGAUAAGUACCGCGCCACGCCGCACAAGUACGCGGUGCGGGCGGGUCACGCGACGAUGGCCCAUCGCAUUGACGCGGUUGUCACGGCGCGCACGAAGACGAGCGCGAAAGCGAAUGACAAGAAAGGACAUACGAAUACAUAG